AUGCACUGCAGCAGCAAACUUGGCUGCGUGGGGCUGGGCCUGCGGGAGAGGCGGCUGCUGCGGCUUGGGGUGCUGCGUCUUGCUGCUUCCAGUGGCCAGCGGCAGCUGCGUCGCCUGCUGCACUUCGAGCUGCUGCUGCAGCAGCAGCAGCAGAAGCAGCAGAGGCAGCAGCAGAAGCAGCAGCAGCAGCAAGAGCAGCAGCAACAAGCCCAGCAGCAGCUAGGGCAGCAGCAGCAGCAGCAAGAACAGCAACAGCAGCAACAGCAGCAGCGGCAGCAACAGCAGCAAACGGGGGGAUUCACAGUCAUUCUAGAUGCAGCAAAUAUUGCGUACAAUAGACAAAACAAAGCCACUGGAAAAUUCUCCUACUCUCAAGUGGAACGGCUGCGCCAGGCACUCGUGGCAAGGGGAGAGAGGCCCCUUAUAAUUAUUCCUGGGGUUUAUUUUUGGGGGGUGAGACCCCACAGCCGCGCUGCUGCUCCUGCUCCUGCUGCUGCUCCUGCUGCUGCUCCUGCUGCGCGUCGCCUGAGCUGGCGGCAGCAGCAGCAAGACGGCAGCGAUAGCAGCAGCAGCAGCAGCAGCAGCAGCAGCAGUGUGCUGUGUGAGUUGGGUCUCUGCCCCAAAUGCGUUGAUGAGGUUCAGGUGCCGAACCAAAGCAAGCGCUGCAGCAGCGACUCGACGCACCGCAGCAGCAGCAGCAGCAGCAGCAGCAGCAGGACUCAAAAGCUGACUUGCCAAGACAGGGCUUUGCUGCAGCUGUGGCAGCAGCAACGGUGUCUCUUCGUCUGCGGCUCAGGGGCCCACGAUGACCACUACCACCUUCUUGCGACUCUCUCAGGCCCUAUAG